AAGUCGGUGUGUGUCAAUGUCACUGAUAAGUGUUUACCGGCUGUUAUCAGCGAUUGUCACGUGAUACCACGCCUUAAAACGCCUCUUGAAAGUCAGUUGCUAAGCUAGUGUGUAACUUUACAGUGUGUAAAAUGUUCGGAAUAAAGACAGUGAGUAAGUUACCGUUAGGGCAAGAGUUAGGUAGGGUUUUGACCCUUACUGUCCCAGCGACUCAAAACGCCCGCUACCGCCACACGAUUCCUGAGAAGCUAAAAGAUGUCCCGACCGCAGCAAAUCCUCAAUUCUUCGACAUGGUGGAGUAUUUCUUCCACCGUGCGUGUUCCAUCGCUGAGGAUAAGCUGGUGGAGGAUAUGAAGGGACGAGAGCCUCCGGAUGAGAAGAGGAAGAAGGUGAAGGGAAUCCUGUUGGGGAUGCAGACUUGUGAUCAUAUCCUGGAGAUCAGUUUUCCCAUCAGGAGGGACAGCGGGGACUAUGAGAUCAUAACAGGGUAUAGAUCUCAGCACAGCACGCAUAGAACUCCUACCAAGGGAGGAAUCCGAUACUCGGAAGACGUGAACCUGGAUGAAGUUAAGGCUUUGUCUGCGCUGAUGACAUUCAAGUGUGCCUGUGUGGACGUUCCCUUCGGUGGAGCCAAGGCCGGGGUCAAGAUCAACCCUAAGAACUACAGUGAGCUGGAGCUUGAAACAAUCACCCGCCGCUUUGCACUGGAACUUGCCAAGAAAGGCUUCAUUGGACCGGGAGUUGACGUCCCUGCUCCAGACAUGGGAACGGGAGAGCGGGAAAUGUCCUGGAUUGCUGACACUUACGCUAAGACCAUCGGCUAUCAAGACAUCAACUCCCACGGUUGUGUAACGGGCAAGCCCAUCAACCAGGGAGGUAUCCAUGGACGAGUAUCCGCCACAGGACGUGGAGUGUUCCAUGGUAUCCAGAACUUCAUCAAUGAUGCCUCAUACAUGAAGACCAUCGGACUUAGCCCCGGCUGGGCGGGGAAAACCUUCAUUGUACAGGGAUUCGGUAACGUAGGUCUUCACACUAUGAGAUACCUCCACCGAGCUGGCGCCAGGUGUAUUGGAGUCAUGGAGUAUAAUGGCUCAAUAUUCAACCCUGAAGGAAUCGACCCUAAGGCUCUAGAAGACUACAGGAUCAACUACGGCACAAUCAAAGGGUUUCCCUCAGCAAAACCGUACGGAGGUGAGAGUCUGAUGUACGAGGAGUGCGACAUCUUUAUUCCAGCGGCUUUGGAGAAGGUCAUCACUAAAGAUAACGCGCAUAAGAUCAAGGCCAAGGUGAUAGGCGAAGCCGCUAACGGCCCCACGACGCCAGCAGCAGACGCUAUCCUUCAGAAGAACAACAAACUCGUCAUCCCCGACCUCUAUCUCAACGCUGGUGGAGUCACUGUCUCCUUCUUUGAGUGGCUCAAGAACCUCAACCAUGUGUCCUACGGUAGACUUACCUUCAAGUACGAGCGGGAGUCCAACUACCACCUGCUAGAAUCCGUCCAGGAGUCUUUAGAGCGAAAGUUUGGAGCUCAGGGAGGAAAGAUCCCCGUGACUCCUUCAGAUGCUUUCCAACAAAGAAUUGCGGGAGCUUCCGAGAAAGACAUUGUCCACUCCGGGCUGGACUACACAAUGGAGCGAUCUGCAAAGGCAAUCAAAAGAACAGCGCAACAGUACAAUCUGGGUCUUGACCUGAGAACCGCAGCCUACGUCAACUCCAUCGUCAAGAUAUACGAGACUCAUCGUGAAGCUGGAAUGGCAUUUUAAAGCACCUUUUGCUUCUAAUUCAUCCAUUAAACGCAUCUCGUGUCAUUGUUUUAAGCCCGAGUACUUAAAAAUAAUUGUAUUUUUUCAGAAUACUUUAAGGUAACAUUUAUGUAAAUAAAGUAAAUGUAAAUAAAUAAUGAACCUACGCAUGGGUAAGAACGGU